GUGAUUCUCGAAAGCUUAUGCUACAAUAAAGUUGGUUAGUCUUAAAGGUGCUACUGGACCCUUUUUAACUGAGAUCAAGUAGAUUUGUUCCCAGUAAAUCAUGAUGAGACAUCCCCCACGGGUCAGUAAUGACUCCAUGUUUGCACAGGGGACUACCUUUACUUUCAAUGUACCUAGGCUUCUCAGAUGUCUAUGGCUACACCCAUCUUCUCUCUGAUUGGCUAGGACACAAAUACUUUCAUGCAUCUCCACAGUGUUGUCUAGAAAGGGCUCUUACUGACUGAAGUGGUAUUCCAUGAAUAGACAUGCCACUUUGCAAUUUGGUUGAAUGCAUCCCACCUGGUCAUCUCUCACUCUCCAAUGGCCACACCUCCUUCUUUGAUCAUGGGUUUUUACAGGCUUAACUGUGAUUGGCUGGAAGACUGAAGGGCUGGCUCUAGGCUGCUAUCUAAAGCUCAGACAAAGUAAGAAAAUUCUGUUGUAGUGGGUUUGCUAGAAAGUGAUUUCUGAAGCCUUCACAAUGGAUGCUAAACUGGUCAUCUCCCACCUGAAGAUCAAGGCUGGACAAUGCCUCAAAGUCAAGGGGUGUGUGAUGCCAGAGGCAAAGAGCUUUGCUGUCAACCUUGGUCGGAAUGGCUCAGAUCUGAUUCUUCACUUCAACCCUCGCUUCAGUUGCCAUGGAGAUACCAGGACCGUUGUAUGUAACUCCAUGGCAGGCGGCGAGUGGGGUGAGGAGCUGCGAGAGUCUCUCUUCCCCUUCCAGCAGGGAGAAGAAACCAAGAUCUCCAUCUCCUUUGAUGAAAAAGAGGUGAAGGUGAAACUUCAUGGGGACCAGGAGCUCAAGUUCCCCAACCGGCUGGGGCUAGAGUCUGCUGAAUUCCUCUCUGUGGAUGGAGACUUUAGGAUCAAAUCCCUCAAAUUUGACUGACUUCAGUUGUGCCCUGUUCUAGUAGAAGAUAUGCAAAUAAAUAAAAAACUUCUUGGUCA